ACCCGUCCAACACUUACCAGCUAGCAGCCUAGCUAGCAAUAUGGCUACUGCUGUCCUUGUCCCGUUAUUGCUCCUGCUGCUUCUCUUCUCUAGCUGUGCCACUCUCACUGUGGAUGCAGCUGGAGCAGACGAGCUGAAUUACAAUGUGGUGGCUACUAGCUCGUUCAAGGCAAAGGCCGUCUGCGAAGGCCCCAGGGUGAAUAGCACAUCUGCCGGCUUUACCAACGGGGUGCCGGUGACUCGUCCUCAUGGCCCGUGCUCUGCAGCGGCGGCGGCGGCGGGGGCAGGGAGCAGUGAGCCCUCCUUGGUCGACGCGCUCCGAUGGGACCAACAGCGCGCGAGCUACAUCCAGCGGAUGCUCUCCGUGUCUGUCAAUGCCUCCAUGCCACCUAAGCUCCCGCCAAAGUCGCCAACAGAGAAAAGCAAGUUGAAGGUGGCCAGCACUGACCCCGUAUCAGAAUUUCACCCUGGCACUCCGAAGAAGAAGAAGAACAAGUCGUCGCAGCUCAGCAUUGAUCCAGCAGCGACUGACGACGGCGGCAGCGCCGGUGAACAGACGAUGGUGCUUGACACGGCUAGCGUCUUCCCGUGGCUGCAGUGUGCUCCCUGUCCCGUGCCUCCGUGCCACCCUCAGGCGGACACCCUGUACGACCCCGCCCUAUCAUCCACCUCCGGCACCUUCUCCUGCAACUCCUCCGCCUGCAGGCAGCUCGGACCGUUUGCUAAUGGCUGCGCCAAUAACCAGUGCCAGUACCGCGUCCGGUACCCUGACGGGUCUACCACCAUGGGAACCUACGUCUCCGACGUGAUGACGCUAACCCCCACACGGAUGAUCAGCAAGUUCCAGUUCGGGUGCAGCCACUUCGCGCAGGGCCGCUCCAUCAACACCCUGACCGUCGGGACCAUGGGGCUCGGCAGCGGUUCCGAGUCGCUGGUGUCCCAGGGGAAAGGCUCCUACGGGAACGCCUUCUCCUACUGCAUCCCUCCAACGGCAAGCACCACCGGCUUCUUCCUGCUGGGCGUGCCCCCUGCAUCCUCCUCCAGGUACGUGGUGACUCCCAUGGUCAAGGGCAAGCUCAACCCGGCGCUCUACGUCGUGCGCCUCCAGGCCAUCACCGUCGCCGGGCAGCAGCUCAGCGUGCCGCCCACAAUCUUCGCCGCCGGCUCGGUCAUGGACUCCCGCGCGCCCAUCACGCGCCUCCCACCCACUGCCUACCAGGCGCUGCGCUCCGCCUUCAGGAGCAGGAUGACCAUGUACCGCGCGGCGCCUCCCAAGGAGCACCUCGACACCUGCUACGACUUCACGGGAGUCAGCAGCAUCAGGCUGCCAAAGAUCGCGCUCGUGUUCGACCGGAACGCCGCCGUGGAGCUGGAUCCGUCCGGGAUCCUCUUCGACGGCUGCCUGGCCUUCACCUCCACCAGCGACGACCGCGACACCGGGAUCAUCGGCAACGUCCAGCAGCGUACAAUCGAGGUGGUUUAUGACGUCGGCGGCGGGGCCAUGGCAUUCCGCCGUGCCGCGUGCUAGCCAUCCAGCUGCCCGAUGUCAGUACAGACCGACCACCAUUUUUAAUUGGCCCUACGAUGCAAGGCCCAUAUACACAAAAUUUCCAUCGCCUAAAUAAACCGGUCGUAUUACUAUCUUAAGCUUGAUUGUGAAAUGAAGCUACCGAGUAAAUUAUGUGGACUAUUCCAAAAAGAAACUCUACUUUUUGGGCCAUAUUAUUCUUAGUGUGGCAUGCUAGCUGCGGUGGUCAAAUUAAUAGUGUUUUGAGUGUGGCCAUCCUAGCUUAGGCUGGUCCGCUGGUCAAAUAUUGUAAACUAUGGUUGAAUUAAUACAUAACUCCCUGUUAUAUAUGAGUC